ACCUACAAAAGGAGUGUUUGCUUACUUACCUGCCAUUUCCAUGAGUCUCCCAAAGCAAAGAGGCCCCUCCAGUAUCUAACCACGAUACUUGCGGUCAACCAAGGCUUGAGUUUGGCUAGAACACCGGAAACUUUGACAGCACUUCGCUUUCUCCCCAACUAACGGGGACCCAAGUUGCACCUACCCUUCCGUCGAUGCAAAUAUCCAUAUUGCACACCCCUCAUAUUUCCGUCAGAACAGUUGCAACAAAAAACACCAAGCAGAAGCUGACAAAAUUCGCGAGUGACCAAUGUGAGAAAGCCUACCAGCUUUACUCCUACCGUCCCGUUGAUUCUUGUUUGUGGUACAUAAGCCAACAUCCGCCAAGCAUCUCCACUAACAAAACAAAAACCCAAGGCGGAUGUUCCUGCUGGGACUCCGGUUGUGGAGAGUGGGACAUUUUCGAGAUUUUGCACGCCGGCAAGGAAAAGGCCGAAACCACCUUCCACUUGGACCCUCCCGCCGGAGACGCGAACUGGAUGCAGAGACCUGUCGAUCAGAACGCCCCUAUCAAAGUAGCAGUGUGGUUCGAUCCGGUGGAUGGCGGCACGGCGAGCGUCAAGGUCUUGGGAAGGAGUGAUGGGGUCGAAUUUGCCGGGCAAUUAAAUGCGGGUGAGGUGGGAGACCUGAAGAAGAGGAGUGACGGGGUGGUUAGUGAGAUUAAUUAUGCCGUUCGUCGUGGUCAGGCUUGAUGGGUUGGCAACAUGAGGUAGAGGUGUUGUUGGCGCGACAGGGAGGGGACUGGGAUGAGUAUGGAGAGUAGGUAGGAAUCGAAGUGG